ACAUCUGUCGUCGAGCUUUUCGAAUCUAAUUUCAUAAAUAAUUAAAUUAGAGCUUUCUCUUGUCGCUAUUUUGUCGCCACUUGCCUGUCUAUUCCGUGGCUGAAUGAAACAUAAACACUAGCAACAAUUUUUUAAGUGAACGCACAAUGACAACACGCGCUUGCGGUUUCGUUGUAUUUCGACGUGUUCAAGGAAUAAUCGAAUAUCUUUUAAUGCAAGUAUCUUACGGGACGCAUCAUUGGACCCCACCGAAAGGUCAUGUCGAUCCUGGUGAAUCAGACAUGGAAGCUGCGCUACGUGAAACAGAAGAAGAAGCGGGCUUAUUGGUUAAUGAUUUAAAUAUUUUCGAAAACGUGAAGGAAGAACAAAAUUACGAAGCAAAUGGAAAACCGAAAAUUGUCAUUUAUUGGUUAGCAGAAUUAUUAGAUCCUGAGAAACCGAUUCGAUUGUCACACGAACAUCAAGCAUUUAAAUGGCUUCCGCUGGAAGAAGCUUGUUCCGUAGCAAAGUAUAAAGAAAUGCAAACCACAUUGAGAAAUUUUAACGAUUAUAUAUUAAAAAAUCUCUCUUAAAUAAUAAUAUAGAGUUUCUACAAAUCCU